AUGAGAAUUUCCCUUUACAGAUUACUGUCGAUAUCACUCCUUGGUCGGUUCCUGCAAGCCAAUGCAUGUAUAACGGACGAAGAUUGCGAUCUAAAUGGCGUAUGCACAGGCGGUGUCUGUCACUGUGAUACUGGAUGGUUGGGCGCAGACUGUGGUAAAUUGGAUCUACGCCCCGGUCCUAUACAAAACGGAUAUAAUUUGAACAAGAUAGGGACAUCAUCAUGGUGCAAUUCAAUUGUAAAGGAUCCUUUGAGAAAUGACCGUUAUCACCUGUUUGUGUCUGAAUUUACACACCGCUGUGGGCUUGACUACUGGGCACCGUUUAGUCGCAUCAUCAGAGCCGAGGCUACCAAUCCUGUCGGUCCUUAUGAGUUCAAGCAGGAGAUUGUGCCAUCCUUUGCUCAUAAUCCGUCGGUUGUCUGGAACGAAGCAGAACAACAAUAUGUGCUUUAUUCCAUCGGGUGUCGGACAGAAGUACCCACCACUUGCAAGAGUCUGAGUUACUCCUGCGGACCAGGAAACACUCUGAACGGGGAGAGUGGAAUAAGUGUAUGGACUUCUCCAGACCUCCGCGACUGGACUGCCCACGGCCAGGUUAUCCAAGGAGCCAACGAUGGCAGCUGGGACGCCGACGUCACUAAUCCUGCGCCACUCCAUGUUCCCUCUGGAUCUUCUGCAAGCACGCGCGAUGUGGUCUUGGCCUACCGUGGUUGCCCGUACAACUGCUCUGGAGAAGAGCUGAUCAACAUGGCAUCCGCCGGCGACCCCACUAGCUUUUACAAGCGUCUCCACCCUCAGAAGCCGAUCUUUCAGGAACCAAGCGAGGAUCCAUUCAUCUGGACAGACAAGCGUGGCAACUAUCAUAUGCUAGUUCAUUCACUUCUUCCGGAUGGUGGGUUCGGGGAUGGGCCCAAUGUCGGCCGUCAUGCGUUUGCAAGGUCAUGGAAUGGGAAAUGGACUUUCAAUAACGCGACGGUUGCUUUCAAUACAACUGUUCAUUUUACGGAUGGACCGAGUGUGGAUUAUUACCGACGGGAGCGACCAAAUAUCUUCUUCAGCGACGAUGGAAUCAUGAGGCCAUUAUUCCUGUCAACCGGCGUGCAGGAAGUCAAUUCCACGAAGAGUUAUUCCCUGAUCCAGCCGAUUGGGCAUGGUAAAUAG